AUGGGGCAAGAAUCAAGCUUUGGCAACAACAUACUUUCCAUCUUAGCAUUCCUAGCGAUCAUCGUUUGCAAUUCCUCCAUAUAUGUAGUCCAAGGAAGAAUCGAUCCGAGUCGACGAAUAAAAUGUCCUAUAGACUCGAUAUAUCAGCUCGGAGACUCCAUUUCCGAUACCGGAAAUUUGAAGCGACUAAUGCCUCUGAACCCCGCGACUCGCUCCCCUUACGGUAAAACUUUUCCGGGGCACCCCACUGGUCGCUGGUCCGAUGGUCGGCUUAUGAUAGACUAUAUAGCUAUGUCUCUCGGGCUUCCCCUCUUGAACCCUCAUAUGGACAGAACUGCUUCGUCUAAGAAUGGAAGUAAUUUUGCUGUGGCCGGAAGCACGGCGCUUGGCCCUAAGUUUUACGCCUCCCAUGGCAUUUACACGAGGCCUAUUCCUUCGAUUCAAACUCAAUUACGGCUGUUUAAGAGGCAUCUCGCAACCUUUUGUGUAACUCCAAGAGAAUGUCGGCGCAAGCUUCACAAUAGCCUCGUUUUUGUGGGUGAAAUCGGUUACAAUGACAUUGCAUACCCCUACGGCGAAGGGAAGCCCAUUGAUACGAUUAGAAGAUAUGAUGCACGAGGAUGUGUGAAAAACUUGAAUGAACUGAUCGCCACUCGAAAUGCUCAUCUGCUCAGAGAUAUAGUCCAACUCAGGAAAGAGUUUCCUCAAGCCAAUAUACAAUAUGUUGAUCUGUACCGUGACUUCGACACACUCCUCCACAAUGGACCUCAGCUUGGGUUCAAUAAGACGACAUUGAUGAAAGCUUGCUGCGGAGGAGACCCCAUAUUCAAUCCCACAGGUCGUCUGUUUUGUGGGAACAGCAAAAGCGCACCGCUCUGCCCUAAUCCAGACAACCACAUUCAUUGGGAUGGCAUACAUCUCACGCAGGAGGCCUAUCGUCAUCUCGCCAUCGCCAUUAUCAGAGAUCUCCACAUCAAGUGUCCUCGCUGA